CCAGGGUCCUCGGACGGAGGGGCCAUGGCCACCCCGGCCCCUGUCACGCGGCAGCAUUUCCUGUGUUACAUCUGCAAAGAAUACGUAGAAGAUCUGGCCAAAAUCCCCAAGAGUUUCUUAGAAGAAGCAAAUGUCACCCUUAUAGUGAUUGGACAGUCAUCCUACCACCAUAUUGAGCCUUUCUGCAAACUGACUGGGUAUGCUCAUGAAAUAUAUGUUGACCCUGAAAGAGAAAUUUAUAAAAGAUUGGGAAUGAAAAGAGGUGAAGAAAUUGCCUCCUCAGGACAGAGUCCCCAUGUGAAGUCAAAUCUACUCUCAGGAAGCAUUCAGAGCCUGUGGCGAGCAGUGACUGGCCCUCUGUUUGAUUUUCAAGGAGACCCAGCUCAGCAAGGAGGAACCCUCAUUUUAGGUCCAGGUAACAACAUCCAUUUCAUACACCACGACAGGAAUAGGUUGGACCACAAACCUAUCAACUCUGUUUUACAACUUGUAGGAGUUAAGCAUGUCAACUUUACAGAUAGACCUUCAGUUAUCCAUGUGUGACUUUAUACACAAUAUGUCACUUCUAAACAACCCCUCGGGAAUGUGCCCUUAAAUAUUUGGGGUAUAAUAUCCUCAUUAAAUAUCUAACUUGAUGACUGUACUGUCCUCUAAAGAGUUAUAAAAACAUAAAGAGAUAAUGUACCAGUUGA